AUGAAAGAUUUGCAUUCAGGAAAUAUAUUAUAUUCUGAAUACAAUGGACAAUGGCGUAUUAGUGAUUUUGGAUUUUGUGGACCUGCUGAUAAACCAUUAGAAAGUAUAUAUGGAAAUCUUCCUUAUAUAGCGCCUGAAGUUAUUAAUGGAAAAGGAUAUACUUUUGCAUCAGAUAUUUAUAGCAUCGGUAUGCUUAUGUGGGAAAUUUCAUCUGGACAACAGCCAUUUGCUGACUUUGAACAUAAUUAUGAUCUUGCAAUAAACCUAAUAAAAGGAUUGAGACCACAAAUUGUACAAGGAACUCCAACAGAAUAUAAGAAAUUAAUCACUCUCCACAAUGCUUUCCAAACUAUUGAAAUUAUUUUUUAUGAUUAUACUUCAGUGUGUAAUGACUUCAGAAUAGAAAAAUAUUUAGCUACGGCCAAAGUUAAAUAA